CCCUCCUCCUGUCACAUGUCCUCCAGACUCGGCUCUUCUUUGUAGCAGGUUCUGAACAAGCUUCAGAGUGAAAGAAAGACCCUGAACUUCUCACAGGACACACGGAGCUCUCUUAGAUCUGCUGUUGUUAUGGCUGGAAGCACCAAGAAUACUGUGCACGAGAUCUUUCACAGCAUGGAGUCCGGACCGGAGGGUGCCUCCAGUACUAACACUGCACAGGCCUGGUUGGACCAUCACUCUCGUUCUCUGGGUCUCUUCAUCGAUGGGAAGUUAGUGGUUCCAGCAGAUAGACCGAGCCGCUCGCUGACGGACUGUAAAGGUGCUCCGCUGUGCAGUGUAAUGGUUGCAGGUGAUGAAGAUGUCUCAGUUUGUUCUUCCUCCUCUGUGAUCGGCUUUAAAUCCUGGAGUGAGCUGAGCUGCUCCCAGAGAGCCAAAGUGAUGCUCAGGAUGGUGGGGGUGCUCGGGCAGCAUGCAGUGUGUGUGUCGGAGGUGUGUGAUGUGUGUGAGGCCGCCUGCCCCCCCCCCCUCCUCAUCAGACUCCUGCAGUUCUACAGCAGCUGGGCUCAGCUCCGAGACGCUCUGAUGCCCAGCUGGACCCCCCUGGGUGUGGUGUUGGUGGUCGUCUCUGAUGACUGCUCCCUUUAUAAACUGAUGAUCAAAGUCCUGCCAGCCCUCGCCAUGGGUAACUCAGUGAUCGUGGUGCCGGGUCUUAGCUCCGCCCCUCCUGCGCUCCUAUUGGCUGAGCUGUUCUCGGCGGCUGGACUUCCUGCCGGCGCUCUGAAUGUGUUAACAGGAAGUGACACGUCAUUUGGAGCCAAAGUGGCGGCGAAUCAGAACAUCAGCUACGUCACGUUCAGCGGAAACAAGCAGGACGGUGUUCUGCUCUGUGAAGCGACGGCAGGUCUCGGCGUCUCCGUCUCCGUCUCCUCGCUCCUCGGAGCUCGAUGUCCGUUCAUCGUCUUCGAGUCGGCCGACAUCGACAGCGCCGUCGACGCCAUCGUCCAGAACGUCUUCACCAAGAGGAGAGAGGUGCACUGGGUGCUGUGUGUGCAGGAAAGCGUUCAGGAGCGUCUGGCGUCUCGACUCAGACUCAGGAUGUCUGGGAUGAAGAGUCUGAGUCUGAGGAGUGAAGAGGAGCGGAGACUGGUGGAGGCUGCAGUUCAGGAGGCAGAGCAGCAGGGGGCCACGUUGCUUCAGUCCUGCUCGCCCCCCUCCUCCGGAGCCCAGUACCCCCCCACGGUGAUCUUAGGCUCCGCCCCCUCCUCCCCCUGCGUGGUCGCCCCCCCGCCCGGACCCCUGCUGCCCCUCCUCACCUUCAGGAGCAACUCUGAGGCCGUGACGCUGGCAAACCACAGUCCUCACGGUCUGGCGGCAUCCAUCUGGACUGAAGAACUCACUCUGGCUCUGGAGACAGCGAAGAGUGUGUGUGUGGGCUCGGUGUGUGUGAACUCCGUCUCUCUCUCAGACCCCUCCCUCCCCGUCUCUCCCCACAAAGAGAGCGGCUCCUGCACGGACGGAGGUCAAGAGGGUCUGUACCAGUUCCUUCGUCCCUCCUCCUCUUCCUCCCCCCCUCUCCCCCGCUGCUCCCCCCUCUCUAUGGAUUACUCUCAGUUUGGAUCUGCAGCCCCCCCCACCACCAUCAUCCCUGCAGAGUCUGCCAGUACCCCUAAAUCCCUCCCUCAGUUAGUGGGGGGGAAACAGUGUAAGUCGGUGUCAGGCUGCAGUUUGAAGGUUCAGGCAGCAGAUGGCGCUGUUUUGGCGUUUUGUCCUGAAGGAGGACGGAAAGACGUCCGAAACGCUGUGGAGGCUGCAGUCAAAGUCCAGCCAGGCUGGAAGAAAAAGAGUGCGUCUACACGCGCUCAGUCGCUCUUUUCUCUGGCUAAAGGCCUGGAGGCGAAGAGGCGGGACUUAAGUGUGUCAAUCAACACUCAGACCGGCCUCUCAUUGGACAAGGCCGACGAGGAGGUGGAGCUUAGCAUCGCCAGGCUCAAUGAUUGGGCGGCUUACUGCGACAAACUGCAAGGAGGAACUCCAUCUCUCCCCCUCUCUGGCUCUGCUCUCUCCCUCCCUGAGGCUUUGGGAGUAGUGGGAGUCGUCCUCCCCGAUGAGAACCCUCUCCUCUCUAUGGUCACUCUGCUCGGAGCAGCUAUCUCUUUUGGAAACGCUGUCAUCUUGAUCCCCAGUGAGAAGAAUCCACUUCCUGCCCUGACUUUCAUUCAGGUGCUCCAGGCUUCAGAUCUUCCUGCAGGAUUAGUGAAUAUCAUCACUGGUUAUAAAGAUCAGCUGACGGUCGCUCUGGCCAAUCACAGCGUCAUUAAGGCCAUCUGGUACUGGGGCAGCGCUGAGGGAUGUCAGUUCCUCCAGCACUCCUGCAGCUCUCCUCUGAAAACACUGCUGCUCUCCAUCCAGCAGAAAGGGGGAGAAAGGGGGAGAGACUGGACUCACCCCUCCAUCCUGGAGGAGAUGGGGAGGAACGCCGUGCAGUGGAAGAGCAUCUGGAUCCCCACGGCAUGAGGGGGAGAGAGGGGGAGAUAACAGCUGUUAAAGGGGGAGAGAGGGGGAGAUAACAGCUGUUAAAGGGGGAGAGAGGGGGAGAUAACAGCUGUUAAAGGGGGAGAAAGAGGGAGAUAUCUGUGGAGAAAGAGGGAGAUAUCUGCUGAUUAAAGGGGGAGAUAUCUGCUGAUUAAAGGGGGAGAUAUCUGCUGAUUAAAGGGGGAGAUAUCUGCUGAUUAAAGGGGGAGAAAGAGUGAGAUAUCUGCUGAUUAAAGGGGGAGAUAUCUGCUGAUUUAAAGGGGGAGAAAGAGUGAGAUAUCUGCUGAUGAAAGCAGGAGAUAUCUGCUGAUUUAAAGGGGGAGAAAAAGGGAGAUAUCUGCUGUUAAAGGGGAAGAAAGAGUGAGAUAUCUGCUGAUUAAAGGGGGAGAUAUCUGCUGAUUAAAGGGGGAGAUAUCUUUAUAAUGAAAGGAUCCGUUUUAAUUGAAAGAGAAUUGGUACCAAACAAGAAUUGAAUGUCAAAAUGUCUUAGUAUUUGUUUUUAAAUGACCUUUUAUUUCACUGUUUUUCCACAAUUUCUUGUUUAACUUUUUGUGGAAACGAGCUAUUCUUCAGAUCAGAAGUUAGCCAUCUAUGAUACCUGAAGAAAUGUGAGAAAGAGAAACGUCAACCGGACAAAAAUAGAGCAAAAUCAAGUGAGUGAGCAGAAUGAGAAAUAAAGAGAUUACAUAUAUUAACGUCUUAAAUAUUAAAGACUAAAAUGAAGCACUUAAAACAGACUGACUUUACUGAAAACUUCAAAAAACGUACUUUCAUGAAGGCCACAUGUGAUGAAGUUUAUUCCUCUAAUAUGUCAGAAUAAACUACAUUACCUGCGUCCUUUAUAAUGACUAUUCUGUCAAUUAAAUGUAAUAAUACGCUUAAUUUUUGGUGUGUUUUGCAGUAUUUAGACGAUAAUGAAGGAUGAUUCACAGAUAAUAUGAGUUUGUAGGAGCGAGUCACGGUUAGAUCAGGUGUUUUGGAAGGAAUUGUUGAUCAUAAAUAGCAAAAAACUAGCAAACAUCUAUUGUUAGAGUUAACUCAGUGACCUUAUGUGCCAAAUAUAUAAAGUAUAGGUUGAGAAAACACCACAAUAACAUGACAAAAUGGCUAAAGAGAGAGAUGCUAUUCCUGUAGCAUGAACACAGGAUGACUUUCUACCUCUAGAUUUUGCUAUAUGUUGUGUUUCUGUGUUGGUCCCUGAAGGCACCAUCUCCUGCUCCAAUGGGAUUUCAGAGGUAGAAUAAAAUGUCUUAUUUUUCUUGAAUACAUUCCUUUUAUAAACCUGAAACCUAGUCUGCCUUAUGACUCAGCAUUAAACGAUCAAUGUUGUGACCAUGAAAUCAAAAUGUACUGUUUAUGUUUAUUACUGAACAAUAAUGCAAACCUUUAAAGCCAUUAAAAACACAUUCCCUCUGAAA